AUGUCCUUGCUGCGCGAAGCUGAGAGAUGCGUCGCGAAUCAAUAUGCACACAAUUUCAACGCCUUCAUAACCCCAUUGGCGCGCGCAGGCCAAUGGCUAGACCGCGUAAAGGAAGCCGAUGAGCGCAAGGAACAAGGAACCCCCAAAUCCGCCAUAGAUGGCCGUCUCAUAUCCAUCAAAGACAAUAUCUGCACACGCGACCUCCCCACCACCUGCGCGUCCGGCAUCUUGGAUAAAUACACGAGUCCGUUCAAUGCCACCGUCGUCGAUCAAUUGGAGGCUGCCGGCGCCAUCGUGGCGGGGAAGACAAACCUGGAUGAGUUUGGGAUGGGUUCAAACUCGAUUAACUCCCGGUUUGGUCCGGUGAAAAACCCCCGACGGGAUGCUAGUGGCGAAUUUUUGUCUGCAGGUGGAAGCUCUGGUGGAAGUGCCGCUUCGGUGGCUGCGGAUCAAUGCUAUGCCUCGCUGGGAACAGAUACGGGAGGCUCGGUUAGACUGCCAGCUGCAUAUACGGGUACUGUGGGCUUCAAGCCUUCGUACGGGUUGAUCUCACGAUGGGGCGUGGUGGCAUAUGCGAACUCGCUGGACACGGUGGGUAUCUUGGCAAAGACAACUGCCAACGUACGAGAUAUCUUUGACCUCCUGAAUAAGCAUGACCACCGCGAUCCAACUAGUCUCUCGAUAGCCUCUCGUGAACGGAUACAGCAUUCACUACAUAAUCCCCAGCUCACCUCCCGGCUGAAAUCUACUCCUCUUCGAAUUGGUGUGCCCGUUGAAUAUAAUGUAUCGGAGCUGACAUCGUCAGUGCGGCGCGCCUGGGCGCACUCUCUGGCACACCUGAAGAAACAGGGUCAUACUAUUCACUCGAUUUCUUUGCCGGAUACAAAGCAUGCAUUGUCAACAUACUAUGUCCUGGGGCCGGCCGAGGCAUCCUCGAACCUGGCGAAAUACGAUGGGGUGCGGUACGGCACUCGGGCUGAAGGUCCAGAUGGAGAUGGAAAGCCUGAUGGGUAUCUUUAUGCCAAUACUCGUGGGCAAGGGUUUGGGCAAGAAGUCAAGAGGCGAAUCACUCUGGGCACAUUCAGUCUGAGUGCCAAUGCCAUCGACAACUACUUCAUCCAAGCUCAGCGCGUGCGUCGUCUUGUCCAGAAGGAUUUCGAUGCGGUCUUCACAGCCAAGCACCCGCUCGCUGCGCACGGCACGGGGAUCACCAUGGAAAAUGAUGUAGAUGUCAUCAUCUGUCCUACCGCUCCUUCAUCACCACCGCGUCUGUCUGAUCUGAUGGACAAGUCGAAGCCCAAAUCACCGCUGGAAGGCUAUGUCACCGAUGUUUACACUGUUCCAGCGAGCCUGGCGGGUUUGCCUGCAAUCUCAGUUCCGGUCACUGUGUCUGGGGAACAAGAGGCAGAAUUGGCGGGAAUUCAGGUCAUCGGCCAAUACGGAGAUGACCAGCUCGUGAUGAAAGUGGGUGAGAUGCUCGAGGGGCAGCAUUUGGACUAG